AUGCAGCUCUGGACUUCGCUCCUUCCUCUCGCGCUGCUGUGCGCGGCGGCGGCGGCGGCAGCCCUGGCCGGCGGCCCCGAAUGCGGGCUGGACGAGCGCUCCCGCCGGGCGCGGAGGGACACCCGGCAGGCUCGCCACUUCCACUCCCCCGCCCCGGGCACCUGCGCCACCCGCUUAGCUCGGGGUAGGCGCUCCGCCUCGGGAGGGCUGGAGCCUCCGCGCCUCCCUCGCAGGAGGCAGCCGCGGGAGGCGAGAGGCAGCCGGGCUCCGAGCCGGGCGUUGUACUUCGGCGGCCAAGGGGCUCCGCUCCGGCUGAAGGCGGACCUGGAGCUGCCCCGGGAUGCCUUCACGCUGCAAGCGUGGCUGCGGGCCGAGGGCGGGCAGAAGGCGCCGGCUGUCAUCGCAGGAUUGUAUGACAAAUGUUCAUACACAACCCGUGAUCGAGGAUGGGUCCUGGGGAUUAACACCGUCAGUGACCAGGGGAAUAGAGAUCCUCGCUAUUUCUUCUCCUUGAAGACGGACCGUGCCCGGAAAGUCACGACUAUCACAGAUCAUCGUAGCUACCUCCCAAAUCAGUGGGUUCACCUAGCUGUUACCUAUGAUGGAUGCUUGAUGAAGCUUUAUGUGAACGGUGCCCAAGUGGCCACCAGCAGAGAGCAAGUAGGGAGCAUCUUCAGCCCUUUGACCUUGAAGUGCAAGGUGCUCAUGCUUGGAGGGAAUGCUCUGAACCAGAAUUACCGAGGCUAUGUAGAACACUUCAGCCUUUGGAGAACGGCCAGAUCUCAGAAGGAGAUCCUGUUGGACAUGGUCCAGGUGACUCACGAAAUAGAUGCUCCUCUACCUCAGCUUGUUUUCCAGGAGAAUUUACUGAACGUGAAAAACAUCUGGUCUCCUAUGAAAGAUAGCCCUAGUCCUCAGAUUGAGUUCUCUUCCCACCCUGGCUACCUGUUGGAUACAAACCUCGAUCCUCCUCUGUGUGGGCAGACUGUCUGUGACAACAUGGAGGUAAUUGCCAGCUACAACAAGCGCCUAAGCUUCCGCCACAAAAAGACAGUACGCUACCGGGUGGUGAAUAUCUACGAUGACUACCAUCGGAAUCCGACGGUCAGCUGCCAGCAGAUAGAAUUUCAGCACCAGCACUUGAAUGAGGCCUUUAGCCCCUAUAACAUCACAUGGGAACUGGAGGUGCUGGAGAUUAAAAACUCCUCCCUCCGACAUCGCCUCAUCUUGGCUAAUUGUGAAAUUAGCAAGAUUGGAAAUGAUAAUUGUGACCCUGAAUGCAAUCAUACCCUAACAGGGUAUGAUGGAGGGGACUGCCGGAUUGUGCGCCAUUCAUCAUUUAACAAGAAGAAACAAAAUGGGGUGUGUGACAUGGAUUGUAACUAUGAGAGGUACAACUUUGAUGGUGGGGAUUGCUGUAACACGGAGAUAACAGAUGUCACCAAGACAUGCUUUGAUCCAGAUUCUCCUCACAGAGCAUACUUAGAUGUCAAAGAACUCAAGAAUAUCCUCAAUCUGAAUGGGUCGACGCAUCUCAACAUCUUCUUUGCUAACUCCUCUGAAGAAGAGCUGGCUGGUGUGGCCACCUGGCCCUGGGACAAAGAAGCUUUACUACACUUAGGAGGAAUUGUUUUGAAUCCUUCCUUCUAUGGUGUACCGGGCCACACACACACUAUGAUCCACGAAAUAGGCCACAGCCUGGGGCUCUACCAUGUCUUCCGAGGCAUCUCUGAGAUCCUCUCCUGCAGCGAUCCCUGCAUGGAAACGGAGCCUUCAUUUGAGACAGGGGACCUCUGCCAUGACACCAACCCGGCUCCAAAACACAAGCUCUGUGGCGACCCGUCUCCUGGCAACGACAUGUGCGGCUUCCGCAGCUUUCAGAACACGCCGUAUAACAACUUCAUGAGCUACACAGACGAUGACUGCACCAAUUCCUUCACACCCAAUCAGGUGGCUAGAAUGCACUGCUACUUGGACCUGGUGUACCAGAGCUGGCAACCUGUCAAGAAGCCUGCUCCCAUAGCUAUCUCACCACAGAUUGUGGAUCGGUCAGAGGCCUCGAUCACCUUGGAGUGGUUUCCACCCAUUGACCGGCACUUCUUUCAAAGAGAAGUGGGAUCAGCAUGUGAUCUAUGCGUGGAAGGCCGAAUCCUAGCGCAGUAUGCUUUCAGCGCCUCCUCACCAAUGCCAUGUGACCCAUCAGGGCACUGGAGCCCUCGAGAAGCAGAAGGUCACCCUGAUGUAGAGCAACCUUGUAAUCCCAGUGUUAGGACUUGGAGUCCCAACUCAGCAGUUAUCAAGGAAACUGUCCCCCCAGCCUGUCCUGAACCCCAAGGCUGCUAUUUGGAGUUAGAGUUUCAAUACCCGGUGAUCCCAGAGUCUCUGACCAUCUGGGUGACUUACGUCUCAGAGGAGUGGGAUUCCAGUGAAGCAGUGAAUGACAUCAAGCUCUUGCUGGUUAGCGGGCAGAAUAUCUCCCUUGGGCCUCAGAACUUCUUCUGUGACGUCCCCAUGACCAUCCGACUGGAUCCCAAGAAGGUGAACGAGGAAGUCUACGGCAUCCAGAUUUAUACCUUAGAUGAGCAGCUGGAGAUUGAUGCUGCCAUGAUUAACUCUAUCCCACAGAGUGGGCUGUGCACUGACUGCCAGCCCAUUGGGUACAAAAUUGUCCGGGACCCUCCCUUUCAAAAAGGCUCUUCAUUCAUCAUUUCGGACCUCAGCCGGAAAUUCAUCGACACCGAGAUCAGAGCAGGCAGCUUAUACACUUACUGGGUUGCUGUUGUUUCUGGAAGGGAAGAGAGUGAAGCAUCUCCUCCUCUUGCUUAUGUCCAUGGAAGUAGCUACUGUGGUGAUGGGAUAAUCCAGAAAGACCUUGGUGAAGAGUGUGAUGACAUGAACAAGGUCAACGGAGACGGCUGCUCUCUCUUUUGCCGGCAAGAGUUAUCCUUCAAUUGUGUUGAUGAACCAAGCAGGUGUUACUUCCACGAUGGUGACGGGGUGUGCGAAGAGUUUGAACAAAUGACGAGCAUUAUCGACUGUGGGGUCUAUACCCCCAAAGGUUUUCUGGACCAGUGGGCUUCAAACGUGUCUGUCUCACACCAUGAUGAGCGAUGCCCAGGCUGGGUGGUCAUAGGGCAGCCAGCAGCAAACCAGGCGUGUCUAACCAAGGACUUCAGUGAGGAUCUCAGUGAAGGGAUGUCUCAAUAUGCGUGGUAUCCAUGCACUGCCAACCACACCCAGACCAUUUACUGGCUCAAGGCUCUCUUUUCACAGCCAAUGGUAGCUGCAGCUGUGAUCAUUCACUUAGUUACAGACGGCUUGAAUCCCACUGAUUAUCAUGAUCAGAAGCAGGAGACCAUCUCUGUGCAACUGCUUGACACAAAAGAACAAAGUCAUGACCUUGGGGUCCACGGUUUGAGCUGCAGGAAAAACCCCUUGAUAAUUCCUGUCAUCCAUGACCUCAGCCAGCAUUUCUACCACACCCAGGCGAUCCUUAUCACCUUCGGCUCUCCAUUUGUGGCCAUCUCCGGGGUGGCCCUGCGCUCCUUCCACAACUUUGACCCCAUCACCGUCAGCAGCUGCCAGAGUGGACAGACCUACAGCCCAGCUGAGCAGAGCUGCGUCCAUUAUUCCUGCAAAGCCACUGACUGCCAUGAACUGGAGAUUGAAAACUCAGUGGUGACUUGCACCAGCAGGGGGCACUACAAUGGUGCCCAGUGCAAUGUCACUUGCAAAACGGGCCACGUCCUCCAGAUACAGCGGGAUGAUAACUUUGUGAAGCACCAGCUGGAGUCCAGCAUCACCUUGACAUGUGUGGAUGGGAAAUGGAACAAGCAGGUUGCCUGUGAGCCCAUCGACUGCAGCAUCCCUGACCAGUACCAUGUCUACCCGGCAUCCUUCAACUGCAGCGAGGGAACCACAUUUGGCAAGAGAUGCUCCUUCACAUGCAAAUCCCCAGCCGUGCUGAAAGGAAACAACAGCAACCUGACAUGCAUGGAGGAUGGGCUGUGGUCCUUCCCAGAGGCCCUUUGUGAGCUGAUGUGCCGAGCACCUCCACCGGUUCCUAAUGCAGAUCUCCAGACUGCUCGUUGCCAUGAAGGAAAACACAAAGUGGGGUCCUUUUGCAAAUAUAAAUGUAAGCCAGGUUAUCACGUCCCUGGCUCUUCUAGGAAGCCACGAAAGAGGGCCUUCAAGAUCCAGUGUGGGCAAGACGGAAAUUGGCUAGAAGGAGCCUGUGUCCCAGUGACCUGUGAACCUCCACCUUCCAAGUUCCACGGGUUGUACCAUUGCACCAAUGGCUUCCAGUUCAACAGUGAGUGCAGGAUCAAGUGCGAGGAGGAGGACACCCAAUCAGACCAUGGGAACAAUGUGAUCCAUUGCCGGAAGGACGGAACCUGGAGCAGCUCAUUCCACCUCUGCAGGGGGAUGCAAGGCCAUUGCUCCCUUCCCAGUCAGCUGAACAGCGGGAUCAAGCUGCAAUGUCCGGCAGGUUACGGCAUAGGAGCUGAGUGUAUCACAUCAUGCCCUGACCAUCAUGAGCCCAUCCUGUUGCGUGCCAAUGAGACAUUACAAGACAUCCAGCACUGGAUGAACCCUCCAAGAGUGAAGAAUGUCGUCUGCACAGCAGCACUCAAGUGGUAUCCGUAUCCUGCACUGAUCCACUGCAUGAAGGGGUGUGAGCCUUUCAUGGGAGACAACUACUGUGACGCCAGCAACAACAAAGCCUUUUGCAACUAUGAUGGUGGGGACUGCUGCGCAUCAACAGUUAAGACUAAAAAGGUGAUCCCCUUCCCGAUGUCCUGCGAUCUGCAGGGUGACUGUGCGUGUCGCGAUCCUAACGCCCGAGAGCACAAUCGACGGGAUCUCCGCGGCUUCAGCUUCGGAUAA